AUGCCCGAAGCCAUCAGAUCGCAUCUUCCCAAAUCACCGAUCGUGAAAAGGGUCGAUGAUCGUGUCCUGGUGGGUCGGAGCAAAAAUGCGGACGUCUUCCUGAACGACAAGUGCAUGUCAAGGAACUAUAUAGAAAUAUGGGGUUCGAAUUGCGAUCUUGACACCUUCUUCAUCAAGAAUAUUAGUCAGAGCAAAUCGGUAAAGAUUGAUGGACAUUCGCUGCGUAAUGGCGAACUUGGAACACUGAAGGACAAAAGCGAAUUAGUCCUUGAUUACAUUACGUUCGCUGUCUACAUUAAACCAGGCGACGAGGAAAGUUCGACCUACGUUCUUAGUACUGAAUGCUGUGACGAUCUGGAAAAUGCUCAGGACAUCUACAUCAUAAGAGGCGACAUUCUUCAAAACCAGGAAUUAUUCAGUGGUUUCACAUUAAUUCCAGGUUAUCCUGGUUCGGCCCAAAACGGAUCUCCGUUUCAUCCCACUGAUCGGAACGGCAUAGCAACCGACUAUCAGAAUGGCCAGAUCCUUGGCCGUUUCUCCAUUCCAACUGUCUCCAAAGCUAUGGGUAUUCCAUCGUCUAAUAUCUCAGCUGGUAAUAUGACUCCUCCAACAGGUAUGUCGCCUGUGGAGUCAGCCCCGAUUUAUAUGUACAAUGACCAAAUAAACAAUUUCACUAUGGAUUCGCCAUGUCGAUUUCGUCAACCACAAGAACACUCGAUGGACGACAAAAUGAAACGUCUUCCUUGCGAAGGGGUUGACGAUUCAGUGGAGAAUAACAAAGAGAAAGAAUUCUGUGAACAGUCGGAAAAGCCGGAACAAUAUUAG